AUGUGGGCACCAAAUUUGGAUGAGGCGGGGAGGAGGGACGCGGCAACUCAGCUCGAUUUCUCGCAACUCCCCAAUGAGGUGGCAGAGCACGUGCUGAGCUACUUGGGCGUGGCCGACCUCUACGAGGGCGCGCUCGUUUACAUGAAGGAGAUCGAAGUCGACGGGGUGAUGGCGACGCUCGAGAUAACGGUCACCGCCGGCCAGGAGGAGUUCCAGGCGCUGCUGGAACCAGUCCUCCGCGGGUGUGACGGAGUGCUGGCGCUGUAUUCGGUCACGAAUGAAGGCCAUCUCGGCCAAGUGGAGGACUCGCUCAGGCUCGUGCGGCAGACCAAGGAGACCGACGACCGCGACGCGCCGCCGAUCAUCCUUCUGGGCAACAAGCUCGACCUCUCAACCGAGCGCGCCAUCGUGCCGGCCCAGGGCAAGCAGCUGGCCGACCAGUUCGCCGUCUAUUCGCGGUCAAUCGCGAGCGACAACAAGACGGCGAAGCAGAAGAACAAGAACAAGAACAAGAAGACGACGACGAUCAAGAACGACGACGGCCAGUGCUUCAGAUUCGUGCGAAACUUCUUCGAGUGCUCGGUCAAGGAGAACUACGUGAUCGACUACCACCCGCGCUUCUUCGCCACGGCCCACGAUGCCACGAGGUGGUCGUCGGGCCACGGAGUGCAGCCGCCGGCCGAGGCGAAGGGCCUGUGGACGGUGCAUCGGGACCAGAUGACGGUCGUGUUCGAGGAGAUGGUGCGCCAGAUCGACGCGUGGCGCCACGCCAAGCAGCUCCGCCCAAGCAGCAGCGAAGGAGACGCCAAGGACAAGAAGUGCCUCGUCAGCUGA